UUUCACGACACUUGUUUCACCUGCAGCGUCUGCAGUAAAAAGCUUAGUCGGCAGCCAUUUUUUACAGUGUCAGGAAAGAUCUACUGUGAAGAUGACUUUUUGUACUCAGGAGUUCAUCCAUCCCCAGAAGUGUGCAUCAGCUGUGGGUAUCUAAUCAAGGACAUGGUCCUGCAGGCUCAUGGGAAGUCUUACCACCCGUCCUGUUUUCGCUGUGUCAUCUGCAGACAGAGCCUGGAGGGUCUGCCCUUCACUGUAGACACAGACAGCCGGAUUUACUGUGUCAGCGACUAUCACAAGGUCCAGGCCCCCCGCUGUGCUGCCUGCAGGAUGCCGAUACUGCCAACUGAGGGCUGUACAGAGUCUAUUCGAGUGGUAUCAUUUAACAGAAAUUACCAUGCAGAGUGUUACGGAAGUGACGUUAACCUCAUCUGA